UAUGAUAUUGCAAUGUUAACAUUUAUUGUACAUUUUGAAAAAAAUAAAUUUAAUAUUUAACAUUGUUUAACAAAAUAACAUUAUAAUAAUAUUAAAUAACAUUAUUAAAAAACAAUCUUAACCUAUUACAUAGAACGAUUUGAAUAAUACAAUUGUUUUUUAUUAAGAAAAUCAAGAUGAUUUUUAAUAUUACACGAACAUUCUCAUCUAAAUUACAUGGAGAGUUGAGUAAUUUGCGAUCAUUUUUCGUAUAUCUUCCGAAAUAUAAAUUAUCAACAUUAGUUGAACCAAAACAAGAAAUUUCACAUGAUGAUCUAAGAAAAAUAGAUCCAUUAAAUCAUCCAGAUUUUUUUCAUGUUUAUAACAUGUUUACCAUUAAAGAUUUAUUUGAUGCAAAAGUACAUUUUGGUCAUAAAGAAGGAUCUUUAAAUGAUCAUAUGAGACCUUUUAUAUUCGGAUCUAGAUUAGGUCAUUUAAUAAUUGAUUUAAAUAAAAGUGCUGAAUUAUUACGACAGGCAUUAAAUUUCACAGCUCAUAUAGCUUUCAAAGAUGGAAUAAUUUUAUUCAUAGCAAAAAAUCCUCAAAUUUCUUAUCUUGUAGAAAGUACUGCAAAGGAAUGUCAAGAAUAUGCUCAUACUAGGAAAUGGAAUCUUGGAACAUUUACAAAUGCUGUACAAGAAUUUGGAGUAGUUACUAGGUUGCCAGAUUUAUGUAUAUUUUUAAAUACUAUGGAAUCUGUUGUUAAACAACAUACAGCAGUAGUACACGCUGCCAAAAUGUGUAUUCCAUCAAUUGGUAUUGUAGAUACAAAUUGUGAUCCUAAACUUAUAACAUAUCCUGUUCCUGGAAAUGAUGAUACACCUUGUGCUAUAGAACUUUAUUGUAAGUUAUUUAAAAAUGCAAUAAUAAAAGGAAAAAAAUAUAGAAAAGAAAUGCUUGCAAAAAAUGAAGCAUAACAUAAUGUUUAUUAAAAUAAUUUAAUAUAAAUAUAAGAAUAUAAUAAA